GGCUCCACGGCGGAGGCGUGGAAUUUGGAGCUGGGCUAUAAAGUAAGUGUCCGGGAGUGUGCAGCCCGUCGCAGACUUCAGGGAGGUCUCAAACGGCCCUCUGAGGGCUGCAGCUUUCACCCACCUGGCCCUCAGGAAGAGGAGGGCGUCGCUUUGGUUCCAGACAGCGGUAGUAGCAGCUCAGCGUGCUCUCUGCCCCUCACGGGUGACAGACAACCAGCUCUCCUGGAGUUUCGCUUCAGUUAGUGACCUUGAGCCCAGGGCGAAGCCCAACUUAUAUCUCCUGGCGCAGGAACUUGGUGAGAAUGUCAGUAUAAGGAAAAACUUUCCAUGUUCCAGCCAGUGUACAUCCAGAGAUGUCAGUGUAAUACCAGGAGCAGACUGUGUCAGUCAGUGAACCAGCCAUACCUUGAAUGACUCCUAAAAUCUCAUGGACUUCUAAAGAAGUACCAUGGCCUGUGCUGCUUUCUUGAUUUCUGGGUUGUUUCGUGGCUAUGUGGGAGCAGUGUGCACUCCGGCUGCUGCUUCGAAGUUGACAUCCAGCACUUCUCGCCCCCUUACUUUCACAAGCAUAAUGAAAUCCARAAGGAAAACUGAUCACUUGGAGAGAACUGCAAGUGUCGUUCGCCGGGAGGUGGUGGCAGCGGCUAAGGUGUGUGGAGCUGCCAGUGAGUCGCCUUCAGUGAAGAGCCUCCGCUUGCUUGUUGCGGAUAAAGACUUUUCCUUUAAAGCUGGCCAGUGGAUUGAUUUCUUUAUUCCAGGAGUCUCUGUAGUUGGUGGGUUUUCAAUAUGCUCCAGUCCCAGACUGCUAGAGCAAGAGAGAAUGAUAGAAUUGGCAGUGAAAUAUACAAACCACCCGCCUGCUCUUUGGAUUCACAAUAAGUGUACACUUGACUCUGAAGUGGCUGUGAGAGUGGGUGGAGAGUUCUUCUUUGACCCUCAGCCCACAGAUGCCCCUAGAAACCUCGUGUUGAUUGCAGGAGGAGUUGGAAUUAACCCCCUGCUUUCCAUCCUGCGGUACUCAGCAGAUCUCCACCGUGAUCGGGCAAACAAAGGAAGUGGAUAUGAGAUAGGUACAAUAAAACUAUUCUACAGUGCAAAGAACACCGGCGAACUCCUGUUUAAGAAAAAUAUCCUCGAUUUAGUAAAUGAAUUUCCUGAGAAGAUUGCAUGCAGUUUGCAUGUUACAAAACAGACUACACAAAUCAGUGCAGAACUUAAGCCAUAUAUCACGGAAGGAAGAAUAACAGAGGAGGAGAUAAAAGACCAUAUUUCAAAAGAGACUUUGUUCUAUAUUUGUGGCCCACCUCCAAUGACAGACUUUUUCUCCAAGCAACUGGAAAACAACCAUGUUCCCAAAGAACACAUUUGCUUUGAGAAAUGGUGGUAGGGAGCCGGCAAAGGUACAAAAGAGAAAGAAGCAAGAUACAUUCCAGAGAGAGCCUAGAGAGAAGAAACCCAAAAUGAAUUAGAAUGGUUGGUUUUGUGGUUUGAUGGAAAGAACAUGGUGCCAAGCUUCUGGAAACCUCGGUCAUUUCUUUUCUACAAUUUGCUGGCUUUGUGACUCAGUCCACCUUUCUUAUCAAGGUGAGUAGGACUAUGCAAUUUAAGUCCUUUUCAGCUUUACCACUCCACAAUUUCAUGGUGGAAAAUGGGCUUUAGAGAGCAAGGGGAAUUGAGGUUGACCUUCUGUUGAGAGAUGACUAAGAUGUGUCUUAACUGGCUUCAAAUAUUUAAUUGUUGCAAUGACUUGUUUGUAUCUCUAAUAUUGAUAGAAAUAUCUUGGAAUAAAGCAAGAGAAAAGUUUGGCUUGAUGUAGAGGACUUCUAUAUUGCUGAUUAAAUUCUGGAGUCAGGGUCUAAGAGAAAGGGUAGAAUCGCCAUCAGUGAAAAAAUUAGCAUUCGUCUAUUGGGGCUUAAAGUGGACUUAACAGAUAGGAUGAAUUGAUAGUUUGACAGGUAUUAACUUAGGCAUUUGGCUCCAGAAAUUGGCCAGUUUUCUUGGGGUUGUGGCUCACCUAGCAUGCAUGAGGCACUAGGUUUGAUCUUCACCCCAUAAAGGUAUUGUGUCCACCUACACCUAGAAAACCAUUUUUUGUUUUCACAACAAGGUUGGAAGUACCCAGGACCAAACAUUCACGGAGAGGUCCAUUUUACAGCUUCCCCUGAGAAGUGAAAUAUGUCUUACCAUUAUUAAGCCUUAAGAGCAACAGAAAAGUACUAGUUACAGAAGUGUUUUACUGUAUCAGUUAUAGGGUUACAAACUUUUCUUCUUUUACCUGUCUAAAGGGCAUGUUAAGCUGUUCCUAAUCCAGUUUCUGCAAUUGUCAAUCAGGGUGGCUUCCCUCGGGUGCUUAGCUGAGGGUAUAACCUCGGGCAUUCAGAGUUGAAUCAGGCACUCAAUUUUUGGAGGAGUUUCGCAAGAGCAGACUUAGUUCGUCAGACGCCAUCAAGACUUUUCUAGUGACUUUGUUGACUAAUGCUGAAAACAUAUCUGUGCAAGCAAUGGCUGUCUCACUAGAAUGUGUGUUACUUCCAGGAAAUGCCUUUGAUAAGGAUGGUGCUAGGGGGUACUUUCACUAUCUCCCUCUCAAAUCAGCCCCCUUUUCUACUAUAGGCCACCAGCAUGCCCACCAUUCUCAAAUGGUGUCAUUUCCCUGAUUUUAAAACUGACUAGAAACCCCAGUUGCACUUAGCACAGUGUAUAGGAAUUAGAAAUAUCUGUUUAGUGAAUAAGCUUAUCCCCUGUUCCCAUGUAAACAUCUCA